AAAGGGAAAUGUGAGACCAUGAAAGAGGAAACUCACCAAUCGCGGGCUCCCCUGGGCAAACAACUGUCUGAGCUGCGAGAAAAACAAGUCCUUUCAAAUCAGCACUUUAAAUCUGGGCUACAGUGCUCACUCCCUCCCCUCCUGCAAAUACCAAUCCAUCCUCAGUGAACUCAGGCUGCAGCACCUAGUCAAGAUUGCCUGAGUCCUCCAUGACAACACACAGUUAACAAAUGGACCGUAGGAUGAGAGAUUACCUGGAUCAGCAAGUGCCUUAUACCCUAACAAACAAUCAACAAGGACAUGGCAACGUAGACAGAUGCUGUUUGCCUAACAGGAAAAAAUACAUGGAUACAGAUCUACCUCCCCAGGAAUCGGAAGAUCUGUUCCAGGAUCUAAGUCAGUUUCAAGAGACCUGGCUAACAGAAGCACAAGUGCCAGACAGCGACGAGCAGCUUUUGCAAGAUCUGCACUCUGAAAACCUUGCUUUCCAUAGCCCUACAGUAAAAAUAAAAAAGGAGCAGCAAAGCCCUUGUUCAGACGCAGCUUUAUCGUGCAGCCAGAAACAACAGUAUCCAUAUCGGAAUGGAGAGCAGUGCCUUUAUGCCAGUGCCUACGACCAAACAAGACAGGUCAAUAUCAAGUCUCAGAACCAAGGAACUCAGAUGUCACCUCUACACCACUUCUCCAGACAAGAGCGCGGCUUUGUUAGUCCACAGGGCUCUUCUCAAACUGUUUCAACAGGCGGCUAUCUCAUGGAACACAAUUCUCGGUACCAGCAGCCCUUGGAGAUGUGUCACUCCUUUCCAUCCACACACAACAUGAGCAGAGAGUCUCCUGCCAAUUAUCAGCGCCAGGUGUCUGAACCUUGUCUUCCAUACCCACAACAAGGCUUCAAGCAGGAGUAUCAUGACCCUAUGUAUGAACAGGCAAACCACAUGAGCACCAGUCGAUCUCACAGAUACCCAUCCAAUGUGGUCAUCAAGCAAGAGCAGACAGACUAUGCAUAUGAUUCAGAUGUUCCUGGUUGUCAGUCAAUAUACAGAAAUGCUGAAGGCUAUCGGAAUAUUGAAGGCUAUGGGUAUGAAAAACAGAUGAGAUCUUUCCCUGAUGAUGCCUGUGUAGUACCGGAAAAGUUUGAAGCAGGAGAUAUUAAACAGGAGGUUGGUGCAUACAGAGAUGGUCCUCCCUAUCAGAGAAGAGGCUCCCUACAGUUGUGGCAGUUCCUUGUGGCUCUGCUGGAUGACCCUACAAACUCUCACUUUAUAGCGUGGACUGGCCGAGGAAUGGAGUUUAAAUUGAUUGAACCAGAAGAGGUAGCCAGACUGUGGGGCAUGCAGAAAAACCGGCCAGCCAUGAAUUACGACAAGCUCAGCCGGUCUCUGCGUUACUACUAUGAGAAGGGAAUAAUGCAGAAGGUGGCAGGAGAGCGCUAUGUCUACAAAUUUGUUUGUGAACCUGAAGCUCUAUUCUCUUUGGCUUUCCCGGACAAUCAGCGACCUACCCUGAAAUCAGAAUUUGACCGUCAGAUCAGUGAAGAAGACACCGUCCCAUUGUCGCACUUAGACGAUAGUGGCGUGUACCAUCAAGAUGUAGGAACAGUCCCUUCCCAGAAUUACAAAGGCAGCUACAACUAUUAGCUCCCACCAUUUAAUCAUGUAUAUAUGGGUACAUUUGGUUAGCGAUCAUAUGAAUGUAGACGCUUUUUUUUUUUUUUGUAUUUUGCUAAAAAUCGUUUAAAACAAAAUGGACUUGAGCAAGUAGUGCCUAAAAGGAUGCUUUGCAAACUCACUGUUGCACCUGAGAGCUUGUAACAUUCUUUUAAAUGGUACAUAUCUCUGCUUCAGUGUAUUUGGACAUCAGAUUUUAGAUUUGCUUAUAAUUGCAAAAUUUGAGUGCAAGUUGAUUUCAGGAAAAUGCAUGUUUAUAUGCUCUAAAGCAUCGAGGACAGACCUUUCUGUGGGUUUUUUUUUAAGGGAAAAAAAAACCUUUUCAGUGGCAUUUCUUAGCAGGAAACACGUGGAUUCCUAUAAAAACAGCAUAUCGAAUCAGUGCAAUAAUCUUGGAAUCUACUAUUGCAAAUGUUGCUUUUUUAAAUUAAAGCUCCUUUUGAAGGAA